AUGUUUGACUCAGAAUCAGAAUCGGGAUUACAAAAACAAGAAUCACUUCAUUAUUUUUCUUCUACACCAACUCAACGUGGUCAUACUACUUGUGCUCUUGGUCAUAUAAUUGAUUAUACAAAACCAGAUAUAACUAUAUUAUGUGACAUAUGUAAAUGUUUUAUAAAUGUUAGUGAAUUAAAAAUGCAUACAAUUUAUCAUAAUGCAUUAAAAUUAUUUAAAUUCAAAGACGUUCCAAAUAAAAUAGAUAUCAUACUUAAACGACGAGAUUUACUUAUUCAACGUAUGCAGCGUUUAAAAAUAUCCGAACAAUCUUAUUUAAAAUAUGUUAAAACAAUUAAUGAUGCAUUUCAAAUUAUAAAACGAACUAUUGAACCUUAUUAUUAUGGAGAUAAUUCAUGUAUAUAUGAUAAUCGUGAAGCAUCCAAUGUACAAGGUAUAAGUUUUACACCACGUAAUCGAUUAUUUCUUAGUAUCGGUGUAUGUACUAGUCAAAAUAAACAAUACAAAACUGAUAUGGAAGAUACAAUGAGAUUUAUUGAUUGUUUCGGUGGCAAAGAAAAAUUUGCUUGUAUUGGUUUAUUCGAUGGUUACAAUGGAAAAGCAGCUAGUACAUUAUGUCGAGAACAUCUUCAUGAUGCAAUUCUUAUGGAAAUGUCAAAAUUAAUAAAUGAUAUGAAUAGUUCUGAAGCUGAACAAGCUCUUAUAAAUCGUCUUUAUACAAGUAUGAUUGAUCCAUCGAGUGAUCAUUGUAAUAUAAAAACUAUCAAUGAUGUAUAUCGUUUGGCUUAUUUAAAAAUGGAUCAUCUUUUAUCACGUGGUAUUCAUGAAACAUCAAGUGUUCGUUGGAGUGGUGCAUCAGCAUUUACAGCUGUUGUUGUAGCUAAUGAUAAUAUUGAAGAAUUAUUAAUUAAUUUAGAAGAUGAUAAUGAUGAAAAACAAGGUCAUCCUGUUCUUGGUCAUAUUCAUGUAGCUAAUUGUGGCAAUGUUGAAGCAUUAGGUAUUCGAGCUGGUGAAGUUUUUCUAAUGUCACAAAAACAUACAUUAAGUAAUAAACGUGAACGUGAAAGAAUAUUAGAAACAGGUAUUAAAAUAAGUGAUAAUGAUUUAAUCGCUGGUAUACAUGAAACAACACGUGGAUUAGGUAAUCAUGGUGAUAAAGAUGUAAAAAAAUGUGUUAUAAAUUCACCUUAUUUUUGGACAUAUGAAAUUGAUCCAUCAUUAGAAUGUAUUAUAUUAGCUACAGAAGGUCUCUGGCAAGUACUUCAAUAUGAUGUUGUUGCUGAUAUUGUUACACAAUGUUUACCAGCACAUCAUAUGCCAGCACCUAGUCGUAUGGACGCGGCACUUCGAUCUGUACUUGAAAGAUAUGGAAACUCAACACACACACCUUAUUUAACACAUGAUGAUGAUAUUAUAAUUAAUUGUAUGGAUGAAAUGUUAUAUUUAAUUGAAGAAGAAAAUGAUAAUGAUAAAAGUAAUUUAUUAUCUACAUGUAAUCGUGCAGUACAAUGUUCGGAAGAUGAAAUUCAUCAAGAAAUAUGGAAUUCUCUAUCAGCUCAAUAUCGUCUUCGUCUUGAAUUAGCACAAACAAUAGCUGAACGUCUUGUUUCAGCAGCACUUUUAGCACAAUCAAAAGCAAAUAUUAGUGUCGUAUGUCUUUUAUUACCCGGUGCAGCUGUUUAA